AUAUUUAUUCAGUUAUGAAAUAAAACAAUCACAAAAUGGUUUAUUUCUGCGAUAUCAAAUGACACCAGCAUAUAAAUCGAUUAAGCUAUUUCUUCAGAGAGACGAAUGAAUUUCUGAUCAUGUGACUUGAACAAAAUGGCCGCUGUCGAAUGGUUUCCAAGAAAAAGAAACUAUGAGUUAGAAAGAGAUACAGAGAGGCUUCCAACGGCUGAUACAGACAACCAUCCACUGAAAGCUAUUACAGUGUCAGAAGUGAAAAAUGUGGACAAGAAAGGUGUUUCAAGCAAGAAGCCAGCCAAAGCAUCCCAAGGAAGUAAAUCAUCAAGCCUGGUUGCUGACCCACUAUCAAUGAUGGAUCCCUUAAGUGCCAUGGGGCCACUGGGUGAAGGGCUGGAUCCCCUGUCUGCCAUGGCUGCCGAGGCUUCUGCUCCUGCUGCAGCAGUCAGAACUUACAGCUUUGCAGAAGAAGGCUCAAAACCACGGACUGUUUCAAUGGAUGACUCAUUCGAACCCUGGUCUGCUAAAAAGGCGGACAUAUUGGCACGUUACACUACUUCAGAGAAAUUGUCAAUCACCACCAGCUUUCUGUCGGCAACUGACAAAGAACAAGUUGCCAUCAAGACUCAGACAUCUAACACUAUGUCUGACAAGGUCAGGAAUCGAUUAGAACAGCUGGAUGAUUUUGAAGAGGGCUCUGUUCAGGAGAUGUUGAAUCUGAGCCAGCAGGAGUAUGUGUCGCGCAUAGAGGACCUCAACCAGCACCUCGUCCAGGCCUGGGACCAGGACCAGAGGGUCAAGGCUCUCAAGAUUGCCAUUCAGUGUGCCAAACUGCUGGCUGAUGUGAGUGUGAUCCAGUUCUACCCAAGCAAGUUUGUACUCAUCACUGACAUCUUGGACACAUUUGGUAAGCUGGUGUACGAGAGGUUACGGGACAAGGCUCAGUACUACCCCCCCGGCAGUGGGGUCCCCAUCAAGCUGCCAGAGAACUUUACCCCUCAGCAGGUGCCUGACUCUGCCAAGGAAACCUGUCGAAACUGGUUCUUCAAGAUUGCUUCCAUUCGAGAGCUCAUACCAAGGUUCUAUGUGGAGGCAGCCAUCAUGAAAUGUUACAGCUUUCUUAACCCUGGUGAGUAUGCUGAUGCCUUGCAGCGACUGUCAGUAAUGAUUCGAGGUGUUGGUGACCCCUUGGUGGCAUUGUAUGCAAAGUGUUUCCUCAGUCGGGUGGGAAUGGCUGUGGCACCUAGUAUUAGAGACCACCUGUCUCCAAUGUUUGAAGAUUUCCUUGCCACUUUUCCACAGGUGAGUGGUGACAGUGUGCAGAACACUCUGGCAAUACAGAAGCUGGAGAUGCCGCGCUACCUGACCCUGUUUUCCCCAGGCCUCGACUGGCUGCUGCAGUGCAUCGCCAACAAGGCGUCAGAUGAGAGCCUCACUGACAUCCUGCACAAGUCAAGACAGCAGUGCAACAGUGCUUUGUUGCUGAACUCUCUGAUCUCUGCCUUCAAGCCUCAGUACAUUGCCUCCAGAGUCAUGGAGUUCAUUGAGAUGAUCAAGGAAUGUGAGGAGACAGGAUUCCCCAAGCACGUACUGUUCCGGACCCUUGGGACAUGUCUGGCCAUUGCAGACCCACCAGAGGAUAAGAAACUGGCCGUCUUGAACGAAGUCUGGAAGCCCAUCAUGAAACUCAAGAAUCCUGUGGAUUACAUAGCUUGUGCAGAAGCAUGGAUGGAAUUCAUUGUAAAACAUUUUGGGAAGCGUGAAGUGAACACCGUGCUGACAGAUGUGAUCAAGCAUAUGACACCUGACCGAGCCUUCGAAGAGUUUUACCCACAACUCCAGUCCAUUGUGGCAAAGAUUCUUGUUCACAUCCAUGACUUUUCAACACUAUUUGCACUGGAGAAGUUUCUGCCCUUCAUUGACAUGUUUCAAAAGGAGAGCGUAAGAGUGGAUGUGUGCAAGACAAUAGCUGAGGCCUUCUCUAGGUACCAGGUGACAGGUACCAAUGACCCGGUCAUCAUCAACGCAAUGAUGUUCAUAUGUAAGACCAUGCACGACUCUGUAAAUGCCAUGACCUUGGAAGAUGAAAAGAAGGUCAUCAGCAACCUGAUUUCGGGCUUUGUGCUGAAGAUCUCGUUUGGACGAGAAUUUGAACAGCAGCUGAGUUUCUUUGUGGAAUCAAGAGCAGCAUUCACUAACCUUGACAUUGUUCUUGUUCAGUUGAUUCAGAGUGUGAAUAAUUUAUCAAUUGAGACAAGAAAAGUGGUUGGAGGAAAUCACUCGAGAAAAACAGGAAACUUUGUCCGGGCGUGUGCAGCGUACUGCUUCAUCACCAUCCCCUCCCUGCAGUCUGUGUUCGCUCAGCUGCAGCUGUACCUUCUGUCUGGACAGGUGGCCCUUCUCAACCAGUGCUACAGCCAGGGUGAUGCCUUCUUUAAAGCUGCAAUAUCGCUGCUACCCGAGAUACCCCGUACCAUGGAGACGGUAGAGAGCAAACAUCGAUCCUCCGAGCCCUUACUGGUCGACUUCAUCAGCAACUUUGUGUCUACAUUACUGGUGGUACCGGACAAUCCUGACUCAAGCGUGGUGUACCUGUUGAGGGGCCUCCUCAACAUUCUACAGAACUACACGUGGGAGCCCCUCUCUGAUGCCAAGGUGGUUGUUUACACGCGUGUGCUUGCCAUGCUAUCUGCCUCCUGCCAGGAGAGCUACCCGUACCAUGUGAAUAAAGUGGACUCGAACGACAGCUUGUACGGGUCAGAUCCCAAGUAUGUCAGUGAGGUGGUGGGCAUCUGUAGCACGCUGGUAGACGAGAUUCUCGGCCAUCUCAAGUCUCUUACCAACCCAGAGAAUGAGAAGCGGCAGACUCAGCUCUCGCUGGAGUUGUUCCACACGCUGGUUGCCCAUGGUGACGUCUCCCAGGACAAGCUUCUCGCCCUAGCGGUCAAAUUGUGGAGUCUAGCACAGCGCAACCACCAGGCCGACCAGAAGCAAAUGAAGAGGAUCCAGGCGUUUGUAAGACUCAAGGCCGCGACGCCAAGCGGACACGCGUAUAAAGAGCUAUUGUCAAGGAUACCAUUAGAAACAACGACAUAGUUCUUACAAACAUGCAAGACUUUUAUUUAUGUUUUAUUUUAUGAGACAUUUAUGUAAUUGACAAGCGUUUUACUGAAUAAUACAUUGUACAUGUUUAGUUUUGCGACACGGAUAACCUUGUAUUACCGCUUUAGAUUAAAGUUCUUCACAUACUUGUUUAUUUUAGACAUAUUAUGAUGUUUUGAAAGCCUUUAGAAUGUAUUAAAUAUUAUGAUUAUUAAAUAUGUUAGAAUAACAUA